GGUCGCUGCGUCAGUUUGCGUCGAGCCCUCUUUGUGGGAGUUGCGUUCUCUUGGUGCGUCAACAGGGCGGCUACAAGGCCCCUUCGAUGCACAGAAGAGCAACGAUAUCCGAUCUACAAUAAUCAAAGACUCAGUGAAUUUGAUAAGUGCGUGUCAACAAAUUUCGACAUUGAACAGCUUGAUAUUACUACAGAUUAAAUCAGCAAAAACAAGAUAUGGCGUAUCUACAUCAGGACAAGCUGUGUUUAAGCAAUAUCCUGCACUUCAUUGAGCGUAGUCUAGCCAUUUGAGAAGCUAUGUCUUUGGAGGAAUCUCGGAGAUCGCAGCGCCCGUACCGAUACGGUAUGGUUCUCCUUUGCGUCGGAGCUCUCAUAAACUGGUUGGGUUUAGCGGAGAACUAUGUCGAACCAGUGCGUUACGUCGGUGUCGCCUGCAUAGUUGCCGGGGCUCUCCUCAUUUGCGCCGCGAUGUGUUGUUGGCUGCACGCACCGCCAACUAGGACGAGCACGCACACACAACACACGAAUCAUCCGAUCACGGCACAGAUCGAUGAUCCGAUCCACGUGAUUUCCAUCGAGGAACCUUCGGCCUUAUCGAGACAAAAGCCGCCCGAUUACGAGGCCGUGACGGAUGCACCACCGAGCUAUGACGAUGCCAUCAAGCUAAAUCCUAGUCAAUUAGUCAGGUUGAGCAAUGGUAGCACGCCACCGUUAUCCUCAGGACAAAUUAUUCCGACGACCAUCAGUAUCGUUUCUCCUACGCUAACACCACCGCCGCCGUACGCGAGGUGAGAUUGUAACGCUAUAGGAAUAGAGACCAAUAAAUAUGAGGUUUACGACGUGAGAACCGACGUCAGUUGCGAAGGACGAUUAAGCGUUGCAAACAAUAUGAUCGUAUGAUAAUUUCGUUGUUUGCUUUUGUCGUUGCGAAAUGCGUGAUACGUAACUGUAAAGAAUAUACGUAGCUGUGCAAAAUACAAUCUUGCCAGAGGAGAAGGGGAAUUCGAGCUAUCCAAAAAUCGUUCGACAUUUCCACAAACAAGAAUCGAAUGAGGAUCUCUUUUUUGACAUCUCACAGAUGUCGACUGCUUAGAUAAUUAACUAUUGGACAACUGUGGAACGUUGCUGGUACCAACGUCAUUCAGGACGAUUAAUUCUUCCUUUACAACUACGUUAUAGCUCUUCUAUUAUGAUUUAGAAAGAAACUGGGAAUCAUUAAACGAACCUCAUUGAUCAUGACGAUAUUUAAGUUUACUCGAUGUGGCCUAAAAAAUUGCGAUCAUCAUCAAAUCCGAUCAUUACUUUUCUCAUUUGUUGAUCUCUCAAAGAGUAUUACGCGUGUGAGAAAACAGGUGACAUGAUACACGAUAUAACGUACUAGCACAAAAAUGCACAAUUGCAAAGAAAGAGAUAUGUAUAUACCUUACUUUUUUAUUUUUGAUAUAAUUCAAUAACAUUCUCGAGAAUAUUUUUCGACACAUUAUAUCAUAGCGUCCGCGUGGUUUCUAUCAAUGUGCUUGUUUGGCCGUCUUAUAACAGCGAUAAUAAAGUGACAACUUUUAACACGAACGUUAUGUUCAGCUCGUGAUCUGCUGUUCAUUUAAUCUAAUGAUUCGAAUCGUGACGUAACUGAUGCCGUGCUAAUCUACAGAAAUAACGGACUCUUGAAAUUAAUUGACGAAACAAUCAGGCAAUUUCUAAUAUAUACAUAUUUAAUUUCUAAUAUAUACAUAUCUAAUUUAUGAUUAUUAUUGAAAAAUAAUAUAAUUAUAAAUAUAAAUGAAAUUGAAAAAAUGUCGCUAAAAUAUGUAUAAACCACUUCGUUUAUACCUACAGUGUUAAAGUUUGUUAUGUUCGUUUUUAUAUUUGGGUCAUUUUUAAAACAAACAACUUAAUUAUCAAAUUUAUGUUUGUAAAGGAUGAAUGGAAAAAUUCCGAUGAAUUAUUACAUUCUCGAGAACGUCUGUUAUAAAUGCGACGAGUAUUCAAAGACAAUCGUGUCUUACGAUGAUCUAAAAAGGAAUCAUAAUAAUAGAGCAUUUAGCGCGUUGCGAACUUAACUGCGUAUAAUUUACUGAAGAAUGUUCUUCUGCCAUAUCGUCUCAGUAUCUGUUUCUUUAAAUACGCACACGCGCGCACAGUACACUCAUGCGAAAGCCAUUCGCACGUCCAUUUUUAUUGUGAUAUAUUACUAUUAUAUAUAUAUACGUACUGAUAAUAUGAAGCAACACAGUCGAAUAUAAUGGCGAUGCUUGUAUUACAAAAUAAGACUUUUUUUAUAACAAAAAUUCAAAUAGAGAAUAUGAGAUUUUUCUA